CCGCCGUCAUAGUUUCAGAAUUGACGUGAAAGACAAACAUUAGCGAAUGAAUUUUUCAUUCAAUAAUUAUUAUCAAAAUGCUUUAAAAAUGCUUUGAUACACAUUUCAUUACGUAUAAUUUGUAACUUUCGUGCCUAUAUUUUUGAGAUUACUUACUAUUCAACGAGCGAGUGUAUUUUCCAGUUCAAAAUGAGUUUAGUGGGGAAAAAGUGUGAAUCAAUAUCGAUGUUGGAAACCAAUAAAGACGACGUAAUAGUCAGUGAAAUAACUCCCGAGGAUGUUCUGAGGCUAGACAGGAUCACGGAUACUUACAUGUGUAGUCCUGAAGCUAACGUAUACGAUAUAGAUUUUACGAGAUUCAAGAUACGAGAUUUGGAAAGUGGAACUGUGUUGUUUGAGAUCGCCAAGCCUCCGACGGAUUUCGGAGUGGAUAGUGAGGGCACUGAGGAUGCUCCAGAAGAGCCCCUGGACCCUAACGCUGGAAGAUUCGUCCGCUACCAGUUCACGCCUCAAUUUUUAAAACUUAAGACUGUAGGAGCUACUGUGGAGUUUACUGUCGGAGCUCGCCCUGUGAACCAUUUCAGGAUGAUAGAGAAACACUUUUUCAGAGACACCCUACUGAAGACAUUUGAUUUUGAGUUUGGUUUCUGCAUACCAUUCUCUAGAAAUACUUGUGAACACAUAUAUGAGUUCCCUACACUGCCUCCUGAUCUAGUUGAUGAAAUGAUUGCUGCACCUUUUGAGACGUGUUCUGACAGUUUUUACUUCGUGGACAACCGUCUUGUGAUGCAUAACAAAGCGGAUUACGCUUACAACGGAGGCAUCAACAACUAAACACAUUUUUUCACACAAAUUGGCACCAUGCAUUGUUUUCGUGUUUCAAAUUUAAAUUUUAUAACACUGUUUGACACAAGGAAAUGUUUUUUCAAAGAUUUUUAGUAAAUAUGUGUUUUUAAAAGUAUGUUGUUGAUAGAAUGUGUAACUAGAGACGGGAAGGUUUGUUGUAUGCAGUAUUGAUCUCUUAGAAUUAUUUAUCUGUGUGAAAUUAAACUUAAUGUUAGAAUACACACAGUCAAUGUGUUUGCAAGGUUCGGAUUGUAAAGAUUAAGUAGGAAAUGGAAGUUUCAUCACAUAUUGUGUGGCAGCUGGAGGGCUGAAGAAAGGAUUUAAAGUCUACUUUUUUUACUGUGAGCAAAGAUUUUAGAUUGGCUGAUAGUCUAUUGGCAAUUACCAAAGAAAUAUUUGAAACCAUAAAUUAUACUAUACAUUGCCCUAUAAUGAGGCUGUAACUAUAUUAAAUGUCUUAACAAUAAAUUCUCUAGUCAGCAGCGAGCCCUCCAUGUGUUCACUAAUCUGUGUGUUUAGAAAAUGAAUGUAUCGUUCCAUCACUCUUAAUUGAAUAAUAUUUGUGAUCUUAUUGAUUGUGAUUUUUACACCUACUUUAUAAAGUAAAUGACAUAAAUUUAAUGUGUACUGAAUUUUACAAUAAGGGUGUGUUUUGUUUAACUGCAUUAUUUGUAUGAUGCAACCCUUUGGAAGGCAAGUUUGGACAUUAUUUUGAUCUCGUUAUUUGAAUAUGUUUAGGUUUUAGUUUUAAUAUUGUUUUUAGUAGUUAUCGAUUUGUUUUAGUAAGACUUUUAGACAAACGUCUGUUUAAGCAGGUCGUUAUGGGAUUAAUGAGAACGAUGAACAGGGAGUGUGCUGUGAAAGAAUACGUUUUUAAACAGACGAGAAGAUAAAAAAGUUGCAAUUUGGUAAUAUUCAGAUAAUCUACUUACGUAAUUACGUAUUACAGGGAUUCCCGACUACUUUCGAGCCCGACCGGAGCCCAAAACUAUGAUAAUGACAUGUCUUGUCAUUACGUUGUCUUGUUUAAGUAUUGUAAUGUUGGUGAGGUCGGUUGAAGUUAAAAGUACGCAUUUUAUAGAAUAUUGAGCGAUCUUGACAUUAUCUUAAACAAGCCAAAUUGAAAAUAUUGAUUUAAUUGUUUUUAUGUUGUAAUACUUAAUUUUAUUUGCUACAUAUGUUAUGUUAGUUUUUAAUUAUUUUUAAACUUAGUUUGUUAAAUAUUUUAACUUUAUCGACAAAGAUUUUAAGAUGUUGAAAACAGUUUGGAGUAGACGAAAAUGAAAUUUAUUGUGGGGUAUUAAAAAUGAGUAUUGUUUGAAAUAUAUUCGAGGAGGUUAUUGAACGAUUUUGAAGUUUAACCACAAUGUGUAUUCUAUUGUUGUCUCAUAUACCCGCAGACGAAAGGUUAAGAAGGAAAUGUUGGUAUUUUAAAAAUGAGUUUAAAACUAGUACGAAUUUCAAUAACUACAUUAAUGUAAUUAGAGACAGUUUUGUUUAGUUUGACGUGAGUGGUUCUGUAAAGUAGCAACUCAACAUUUUUCUUUUAAUUCCUGAUUUUUAAAAUGUUUGAUAAAGCAGUGCAUAUGUUAAUAUGUAUAACGUAGAGACAGUGUAGACGAUUAUAGAACUACAUAUUUUAGUGAACCGAUUACUUUCAACUCAAAUUUGAACUCUGUUUCCAUUGAAUUAGAACUCUGUUUCCAUCUAAUUUGUAUUUGUUAUGUUACAUAGCUAUGAAUUUUAAUUCAGAGUAAGCAUUUUCACAUUCUAUAGGUGCAUUUUUUCUUUAUAAUUCUGUAUGUAUCCUAUUGUUUACGGUAUUUAGUUAUUUGACAGUUGAGCUAAUAUAAUCUUUAUUUCUAAGUCAUAAGCAUGAAUUUUCAACAUUAGUCGACUUUUAUUGGACUUUUAGAUCAAAAAGCUCACAAGCACCACCUACUAAGCGGAGAAACUUCAAAUGUCAAGUUAACUAAAUAAAGUGUUGCUAAUGAUUCAUUAUUAUCUUUAGGAAUCUUAAAAUGGCGGCAAAUGAAUUUACUAUCCAAUGUUCAGCUUUAAAUUAAUUACGAAAGGAAUGAAGAAAUCAGAAACGUUUCCAUUUUUAUGCCGUCCAAGUUUUAUUUCGACAAGUGACCUUUUGUAUAUUUAAUGGUAAAUUUUAAUAAUACGAAUUAAUGUGUUCAGUGUACCGAUUUCCUUUUAUAUGCACUGGUUUUGUGUCUAUGUAUAGUUGUGUGUUGCACUGACGCUUAUAACCUAUUUACACAUAAAGGUCAAAUUCCUUUAAUCGAUUCUCAACCUUAACACUUUGAUAUAAAGAUGAAAAUGUAUCAAAUAAUUUUGACAUUUAAGACUAAUUUGAUGCCUGUAUUGUACUUUAUAAUAUAAACCGCAACAUUGUAUCAAACGAACAGCUCGCAUUGAUUGAUAAAUAUCUAACGAGUUUGUGACAAUAUAAACAGAACUUUAUUACAUUACUGAUUAAAGUCGAAAAUAGGAAACUAAAAUUAUUGAUCUCUGUUAUUGCUGGUGUAUACUCAUGUGGGGCCUAAAUAUUCUUUUCACUAAACAAAAAAUUUUGCUGAAAGACAAAUAAUGUUCUCAUUUGUAUGUUAAGGUACUGAAACUGUAAAAUCCUUUGUGUUUACCGAUGUAGUGUAAUACGAACAAGAAUAUUAAAUUACAUAAUUAGGUAAAUACUUACCUAGACUAUACUAUACUUGCCUAUUACUGUAAUGGCCAAUCAAUCACCCCCAAAUGUAAGCGUCCACAUGCCCGCAGUACGCAUUCCGUAUGACGUCAUCAGUACGCAUUGCAUGUUAGCAUUGCCGAUGAUGCAGUCCGUACGAUGCGGAUCAGUGGACGCAGUUGUAUGAGUUUCUACACUAAAUUUGACUUAAUUACAUAUACGUCGAUCUAACUUUUAUUUACUUAUUAAUGUUCUGUUAACUACCUAUUUAUUAUUAGAUGUGUUGGUUAUUAGCUGAAGUAAUUGUGUGUUUAAUAAAAUUCUAUGUCUUUGUGUAAAAGCGGGCGCAGUCGGCCAUUUUGUUUUGUUACAAUUUUUAUUCUGUGGACGGUGGUAUUGGCGCGAACGCCAUUUUUAAAUAAAAAUCUAAGUAUCUGUGUACGAAAUAUUAUUCUAAAUUUUAUUAGUAAAUGGUACAAUAAUAUUGUACAAUAAUGUUCUAAGUAUAAAAUUUUUAAGUGUUGUAAUUUUUCUAUUCAAAGCCUAUUUUACUGGCUGUGCUCGCACUUACUCUAUUCACUGUCACAGAUCACUAAACACUAGUUUUGUCGAUGAAAAUAAAGUUGAUAAAAAAUA